CAAAAUAGAUUUCCGGUGGCUCAUGGUUACGUGACGUUGGCAUAACCGUUUACGUACUCGGACAAACUAAAGCGUACAAGGAAACACUGAAAGUCAUGCUAAAUGCCCGAAACUGUAGUGGGCGUGCCGCGUAGAAUUCGAAACGUAUGCCAUAUUUAUAACGAUACUCCGCUGUACGGCCGAUAUUAGUUCCAAAACGUUGAGUUCCUAACUUUGUAGGAAGGACUGCGAUGCUAGGUAACUGGAAGUGUCACCUUUCGAACCUGAAAAACCCCUACCAAUUUGACAUUUUUGUUGGAGUUAGAGAAAGUGAGUCACUUGAAUGUUUCGCAAUGCGUUGCGGAAACUUUGCCCGGUGCUAGACUUCGAGCAGUAUCCACCUACCCAGAUUAGAGGUGUUAAGUGUAGUUUCUCCGCUAUGGGAAACGUGUCCUGUAACAACCUUCACAUCCCUUCACCCAAGGGCCCACAUGCUGCAGGAUGCACUGACUUUAUGAUGGAUCACACAGUACAGGGCAGCUUUUUCCGCCUUUACUAUCCUUGCGAAAAGAUGGCCAACGAAGAGAUGCCAGACUGGAUCCCGAGCAGAGAGUACUUUAACGGGCUGGCAGACUUUAUGAAAAUCAACAGGACUUUUAGUGAACGAAUCUUCAACUGCCUUUUUGGGUCCUUCAAGAUCCCAGCCUACUUAGAUGCUCCAUUUGACUCAACAAAAAAAUGCCCAGUUGUUAUCUUCUCGCAUGGCUUGGGGGCCUUCAGGACUUUGUAUUCAGCAAUAUGUACAGAACUAGCAUCUCAGGGAUUCAUCGUAGCCUCUAUGGAACACAGACUCAGACGAAUCCCACUUCUCUUCCUGGGUCCAUUAAUACUUAUUUCUCCAAGAGCCACGCGUGACACAGUGGGCAGCCAAUGUGUGACGAGCAGAGACCUGUCUGCAUCAGCCACGUAUCAUUUUCGACUGAAGAGUGAAUUGGACACAGCCAACAAGAAUUCCUCACAAAAUUCACUAAAAGACACCCUAGUGAGGGAAUGGAUGUACUACAGGAGACUGCAACAAGGGGAGAAAGAAUUCCCCCUCAGAAACCAGCAAGUGCAACAGAGGGCAGAAGAAUGCAUCCAUGCACUUCAUAAACUAAUGGACAUAAACUCGGGGGUGCCAGUUCAAAAUGUUUUAAAUACGAAAUUUGACUGGAAGACUUUGAAGGACUCCAUAGAUCUUGACCAAGUAGCUGUGAUGGGUCAUUCCUUUGGGGGAGCAACAGCAAUAGAAGUGCUAGCCAAAGAGGUGAAAUUUAAGUGUGCUGUCGCACUCGACGCAUGGAUGUUCCCAUUAAAAGAUGAAACAUUUCCUCAAGUGAGUCAACCCAUCUUCUUUGUCAACUCGGAAAGGUUCCAGUGGCCGGAGAACAUAAAACGCAUCAAAAUGUUGGACUCGUCGGACAUAGAGAGGAAAAUGAUUACAAUCAGAGGAACCGUGCAUCAGUCUUUCCCAGACUUCACCUUUUUGACAGGAGACUUUAUUGGAAAGUUGAUGAAGCUGAAAGGUGACCUUGACCCAGAAGUUGGGAUAGACCUCUCAAACAAAGCAUCGCUUGCAUUUCUGCAACGACAUCUUGGUUUGGAAAAUAACUUCGACCAGUGGGACCCUCUGAUUGAAGGGAAUGAUGAAAACCUCAUUCCAGGAACUAAUGUCACAUUACUUCAGUCAGCCAUCUGAACUGAAAUUAAGCAAGAGGAAUACAGGGUUUCUCCCAGUGCUUUAUUGCCUUGCAGGCUACCUCACGAGGCUAAAACAGUGCUACAAAACAAUGUAUAAAAAGUAUAUUGCACUCGCAUUUUAAUCCCACCAGAUGAUAGCUGGCAACAUCUUCUGGUCCAUCUGCCAGUGCAUUGUAUUUUUGUUUGUUAAAACUGCCUUUGUGUAACUUUGCGUUUAAGUGUUGCUAAUGAAUGAUUUAUAAAUGGCACAAUAAUCAUUAUCUCAAAAUUCCUGUCUACAUUUUUUUUUCUACAAAAACACGCUGGUGUUCUCUACCACCGGGCUUUGCAAGUUUCCUUGCGAGAAACCCUGUCCCUCUGCAACCUCGCACCAUACACUUGAGAUGACACAAUGUUGUUUUUACAACAUUUUUAGUUCAGCUAGUUUUAUUUGAACAUUUGUUUUUAGCACAUAACUGACCAAUUUAAAGUAAUUCAAUACUGUUCCUAUUCAUCAGUAUUUGUUUUUAAUCAAAAUAUGUCCUGCAUGAUUGUUUGUUUGUUACCAAAACCUUUGUAAAGUUAAUGUGCUCUAUUAAUUUAGCAUCAUGAGCCAAAUUAGUACGCUAACAUUACGAGCUAUAAUGGUUGGAUCAAAAGUAAAGAAAUAUAAGUACAGGAUUAUUCAAAAAGAAUGGCUACUAUUAUGCAUCUUUAAUGUGAAAAAUAUCAGCCAUAUCAUAAGUAUUAUACCUCGAAUCGACUUUUUCCCGCCUUACAAGUGUUCAUUUUGGCCAUAACUUUCAGCACACUCCUCCCAAACGCCUAUCAACAUUUCACCAUCCAUUAUCCAUCCAAGAUCAUUACUAUGAGCCAAUCUGUUAUUCAAUGUUAAAUAUGCUUAGGCUUGAUAGGUAGAAAUGGAAUAUUAAUAAAUUCCUUGCCUAUCCCCACCAGAAAAACAACAUGGUGAGGUCCAACAAUCUCACAAGCAAACCAAGCAGCACUGAGUGCCCUGAUGCAGCCACCCAAAACCUUUGCAAAUGGUCAAACAUAUUCCAUGAUGCUUGAAAACAGAGGAGUCGUGAAAUUAGUUCAUUCUUUUUGUAUAACCCUGUACAUGUGAACACAUAUACAUGUGGGAUACUGUGUGUGCCUUCAUUAUCAAUAUGUCAGUAAAGUGUUAUGUACGUAUACAGUGUAAUGUUUAAAUCUUGGCAUAUAGUGUACAUUAUGAACUUGUUUAUUUUUUCAUGCAUUUUGCAAUAAAUCAGGUCUGUUCCUUAAGUGAAAAGGAAAAAUACAAACAGUACUGAACACUUGUGCCUUUGUAACUCAAAAGUACACACUCGGAACAGGACAAGCUAACACCACUUAACCAAAUCUAACUGUGGGCGCUGUCACUUCUCUGUUGAUCCAUCAUCAUCUAAAAAGAAAAAAUAGAUAUGAUCACUGGAAAUAACAAUAUGUCAGAGGGUCUCCUCCAAAUCCUUUAAAUAAGUUGAAAACAUUUUUCCCCAAAACAUUACAAAUGAUCCAUCUUUGUUACCGUUUAACCAGUUCAGAGAGAACAUUAGGGAAUCCCAGCUAGCUGUGGGCAAAAGAUAAUCUUAACCUGAACUAGUCAUUCAGUUUGAACUGAACCCACUUUGCCAGUAUGAAAGUUAAUGAACAUGUUAAUGACCCAUCUUAAAAGGUGACAUUUUUU